AUGAAAGUUUGGCACUACAUGCCAAAUUCCACCAAUAAACGCCAGACAUUUGAGUUUGCCAAUCCGUCUGCGCUAUGCCAGCCAUCGGUUGUCCAAUCUGGCGUUCAGCCAUCACAGACUCCAGUAAGCGAAUCCGGGAUAGAGGAGUUGUAUAGAGCUAUAUUCAGCCUGAUGUCCCGCAACUGUACAGGGCUUUUUUAUAAUGUGAAAAGUUCU